ACUAUUUUAUUAGUCUCCCCUCUCAAAUUUUUCUAGACUUAUCAUCUCUUCCCUCUCUCUCUCUCUCUCUCUCUCUCUCUCUCCGAAGAAUGAAGAUCGAUAUCACAGACUCGACAAUGGUGCGGCCGGCGGCGGAGACGCCGGGCGGCAGCGUGUGGCUGUCGAAUCUGGACUUGCUAUCGCCGGCCAAUUACCACACGCUCAGCGUGCAUUUCUACCCCAACGACGGGUCGGCCGACUUCUUCGACGCGGCGGCGCUGAAGGACGCGCUCGCCCGCGCCCUAGUUGUUUUCUACCCUUACGCUGGGCGGCUGAAGCUCAACGAGAGUAACCGCCUCGAGAUCGAUUGCAACGGCGAGGGAGUGCUGCUGGUGGAGGCGGAGAGCGACGGCGCGUUGGAGGAGCUCGGUGACUUCGCACCCCGCCCCGAUCUCAACCUUAUCCCCAAAGUCGAUUACGCCAACGGAAUUUCUACCUAUCCACUCAUGCUUUUUCAGCUGACCCGCUUCAAAUGCGGUGGCGUCGGCCUAGGUGUCGCAAACGAGCACCACUUAUCCGACGGCGUCUCCGCCCUCCACUUCAUCAACACAUGGGCCCACUUCGCCCGCGGCGCCCCCACCCCAUCACCCCCUCCCGUGUUCGACCGCAGCUCCCUCUCCGCCCGCAACCCCCCUGAGACAAAGUUCAGGCACUCCGAGUACCAGCCCCCUCCCACCCUCCCGGUCCCGCUCGAGCACACCGAGAUCGCCUACUCCAAGUACAAGGUGACGCGGGAGCAGCUCAGCGCCCUCAAGGCCAAGUGCAAGCCCGCGGACGAGUCAGAGAGGCCGUGGAGCACGUUCGAGGUCCUGGCGGGCCACAUCUGGCGCUGCGUGUGCGCGGCCAGGGGGCUCCCCGCGGACCAGGAGACGAAGCUGCACAUCCCCUUCGACGGGCGGGCGAAGCUGGGGCUGCCCAAGGGGUACUUCGGGAACGCCAUCUUCUUCGCCACGCCCAUCGCCACGUGCGGGGAGAUCGAGGCGAACUCGCUGUCGUACGCGGUGAGGAGAGUGGGAGACUCGAUCAUGCGGCUGGACGAGGAGUACUUGAAGUCGUCGCUGGAUUUCUUGGAGCAGCAGGAGGAUAUAAGCAAGCUGGCGCAGGGGGCGCACAGCUUCCGGUGCCCGAAUCUGUGGGUGAUCAGCUGGGUGAGGCUGCCCGUAUACGAGCCGGAUUUCGGGUGGGGGAAGGCGGUGUACAUGGGGCCGUGGGCCGCGCCGUUUGAAGGGAAGAGUUAUCUGCUGCCGAAUCCGGACAACGACGGCAGCUUGUUCGUGGCGAUCACGCUGCAUACGCAGCAUAUGGACCGCUUUCACAAGUUGUUUUAUGAGAUUUAAAUUCAUCUUGUCUUUUGUGCUUUCUGAAUUUGCAAAUGCUUUGCUUUCAAUCAAUGUAUCAGUUUUCAAUUCCGAUGCCAAAAUUUCUUCUUUUGAAUCUAACCACUUAUAAGUUUCAUUGUUUUGAUUUGAUUAAUAAGAAUAUUUUCAAUUUUAUGGAA